AGGAUCAUCUGACCUUCAGGAACAGACACAGAGCUUGUUAAUAAAGCAGGCGGUGUAACAUGGGGAACCGGGUGGCGCGUGAGGAUUUCGAGUGGGUUUAUACAGACCAGCCGCAUGCCGACCGGAGAAAGGAGAUUCUCGCCAAAUAUCCUGAGAUAAAAUCUCUCAUGGGACCUGACCCUAGGCUGAAAUGGAUUGUCUGCAUGAUGGUAGCCAUCCAGUUCCUGGCCUUUUACCUCAUCAAGGAUUUGGAAUGGAAGUGGGUUCUAUUUUGGACUUACGCAUUCGGCAGUUGCAUAAACCACUCCAUGACUUUAGCCAUCCAUGAAAUUUCCCACAACACAGCGUUUGGCAACAAUCGUGCGAAAUUGAAUCGCUGGUUCGCCAUCUUUGCCAACCUGCCCAUUGGUCUGCCAUACUCUGCCUCCUUCAAGCGCUACCAUCUCGACCACCACCGCUAUUUGGGUGGGGACGGCGUGGACGUGGACAUCCCGACCGAUUUCGAGGGAUGGUUCUUUUGCACUCGCUUUCGCAAGUUUAUUUGGAUUAUCCUUCAGCCGCUGUUCUAUGCAAUUCGGCCUCUGUGCAUCAAUCCCAAACCCAUCAGCCGGCUGGAGAUAGUUAAUGCGCUUAUCCAGUUCACAUUCAACAUUCUUCUCUACUGGAUGUUGGGCACAAAGCCUUUGUUUUACAUGCUGGCGGGCUCAAUGUUGGGAAUGGGCCUUCAUCCCAUCUCCGGACACUUCAUUGCUGAGCAUUACAUGUUCCUCAAGGGCCACGAGACCUAUUCUUAUUAUGGAUCGCUGAAUCUGCUCACCUUCAACGUCGGCUACCACAACGAGCAUCACGAUUUCCCCAGCAUCCCAGGACGGAGGCUCCCUCUGGUGAAGAAAAUAGCAUCGGAGUAUUACGACGAUCUGCCGUGUUACACAUCGUGGUUGAAAGUCCUCUACGAUUUCAUCAUGGAUGACGAGCUGAGUCCAUACUCCCGUGUGAAGAGGAAGUUGAAGGGAGACCUCAAGUUGGAAUGAAUGGAUUUCCGUUGACCAAAAAUAAUUGCCGAGCCUCAAACUUGCGCGCACACACGCCACCUACUAACCCCUUCAGUAACACAGUUAGGGUAGUAUUGUGUGUGUGAGUGAACAAAGACUGGCUUUAUUUUGUGUGUGUGAGUGAGAGAGAGAGAGAAUGGUCAUUUUAUUCGAAUCAUUUCAAGCAAUGUCGUCAAAGUCUGUUGGUGAAAAUUAGGAAAAUUAUUCCUUCUUGUUUGGGUUUUCACACGCUGCAGCUUUGUCGUACACAAAUGUCACUGCACAUUUUAAUUUUUUUUUUUUUGUGUGAUCACUACUACUUCAAUUUUUUUUUUUUUUUAACAUUUUCUUAAAAUUAAAAGCUGAUGUACUUGUAAGCCCAAGCACCUAGUCUGAAAGAGUGAUGAUCAGAAGCACCUUCUCAAUGUAAUUUAAAUACAUUUGCAGCUCCCCUUGCCACAACAGACUGAUUUCUACCAGCAAGUGACAAGUGUCCUGCCUUCAGUGCUUAUCACUGUCUGUGGAUUUUAAUGGGACGUCCCCCCCCCCCCCCCGUAUGACUAACAUCAGGAGUGUGCACUCAAGGUGUGGACCUGUACGAGUUCUCUCUGACCGAUAACUUAUCAUGCAUAUUUAUUCUGAAAUGGCGCUGGAGCAUUCGGAGAUGACCUUGCUAGCAGAAUAGCGAGUCGCUGUGCUGAUUCGGUAACAAAUUUUCAAACCAAGUCCACUUGUGAUUAAUGAUUUUGUAAUGUUGAAUUUGGAGAAAUGUUACUCGUGAGCAACCCUCUAGCUGUCCCGCACUUUACCGUUCUGUAUUGGUCAGCUUCAGUCACACAUACAGGAUCAUUUCCUGAUCUUUACAUAUAGAUGUGUUAAAAUAACUUAGUACCUGUGCUGGCAGCCCACACAGAUUUUUUUUUUAGGCGAGCAAAACAGCCUUAAAGUAAAUAACGCUUAAUAUUUACUCGCGUAGCAAUUGAUCAAGCAGGUGAUUCACUGACAGCACAUUCUUCUUAUGUGAUGCUUUUUCCCAGGCUUGUAGCACAAACCCAAAUGUCUGCAGCGUAAAGCAAAAACAACAGAAUCGGCCCGGAUCUUCCAAUACUUUUGGAGGGGACUGUACCAGUAACAAUAUUGCGCUAUUUAAAAAGAUAUAUAAAUAUAUAUAUAUAUAUUUUUUUAUACAUCUUUUGACAUGUCAGUGAAAAUGUCAAUACAUUAAGAAACAAAAUGGCUUCUAGAUUUCGGAUUGUGUUGAAUCACUGAUAUAUUAUACAUGCCUAUUGAAGAGGUAAUCCGAUUUAGACCACAUCACUGUUGAAUCCUCAUAUCCGCAGCUCUGAUGGUUGUUCCGGCUGUAAUUCAGAUCAUUUAUAUUAAUGCGCUUGUUCUAAUGCAUCGAAUCGUUACCAUAGUAACCGCUCAUUCAGAAGGAUUUGUAUGGCAGAUGCUCGACCCUGUUAUUUAACACAGAAAUGUAAUAAUCAUUGACUUAGUAAAGUGGACUUGAUUGCCUUUUGAACCUUGACUGAGAGAAAGAGGGGAGAAGAACCUGACGAGGAAACGUCCAUAGUGCAUCAGCAUGCUCGAAUCUGAUUGGUCAGAUUAUUAUUAUUAUUAAUAUAAAGGCAGAGGAGCUUUCAGGUUCUUGGUAAAAUGACAGGCUUUGUUUUUGGUGUGUGAGAGAUUCGGCUGGUGAAAGCUACAACAGAAGUAAGAAUAGGAGUCGUGUUGCUCACAAAGAGCUUAAAAGCAAAGUCACACUCCAGCAUGUGCUGUUGUAUGAAAAAUAAAGCAGCCUAUUGUAUUAGGUCUCUGAUGCACUUGGUAUCAUUCCCCCAGUGUUUUAUUACAGAUAAAUGUGGUAUAAAAAGGAAUAAAACAACUUGUGCUUUGUGACGACUUCAGUAUCUCUGCUUCAUGUUUAGUUGCAUCACUCAUUAUUUUUGUUUAAUGGUACGUCCUGUCGUGUUUUAUUCCUUCACCACAGAUUCAGUUUUUGGCACUACGAAAGGAGUGCCCGAAAUUCAUAACUUCAUUCCUUUUAAUGCACUAGGUGUGACUACAACAAAGAGCCAUAGUUUCACUUUUAUAAAUAGUAACAACAGGAUGAUGGCUGGAAUGGGGAAAAAAAUGCGAUGGUUUCUCAAUCCAGUGCUGACUAAAUGUCCUGUCAUUAUUUUCCCACAGAGACACAGCUCUUAUUUGCAUGCUAAUGUGGUCGAUUGGUUCUUUUACUUGCCUCUGAUUAUAUCGCAUGGGCAAGAGUGCUGUAGCUCAUUUACAGUCAUGCUGAUGUUCAGUCAGCCGUGAGUAUGAUGUUGCUAAUAUUUCUAUUAAAAAAUGAUUAAGUGAGUGACAAUUUGGACACAAUAUGCUGUAUGCAGAAAUAGAACCUAAAGAAACCAUAAAAAUAAAUAUCUUUAAGUCAAAGUUGCCGUGUCUGCCGAAGUCUCAAACUCGACUAGGAAGUGGAAAUUUAAGGACAGAGUGAAGCCCCCAAUGUUGUUAGAAGAAGGUCUAAGCACUCUCAGAAGGCCACUCUACCAAAAUCACUGGACUGGAACAAACCGUUGUACUGUAUAACUAACUACUGAAAGUUCUACAAUGCCUUUUUCUUUCACUAAAAUCUACUGCUCGUUUAUCCAAAUACAUCAAACAUGUUAGGCUAAAGUGAAACAUCUGUACAGUUGUGUGACUGCAGGGAGGAUUGUGCCGGAGAAAUGAUUUCCUGUAUCAGUAUUACAACUAGCAAGGGUCAGCGUCCAUGCUGGAGAUCAUUUAACUCUGUGUGGGCUGAUAAGAUAACCUGCUCUGUUAUGCUUUGCUGCAUUUGUGUGACUUCAUUAAAACCAGAUAAAAUAAA